CAGGCCACCGGAGGGCCCAACCUGCGCAGCGACAGCGAUCGCGACCCUACCAACGGUGGAGCGGGUGCCCUUCAGAAAUUCAUUAAUCAAAUCUGGAAGUGAUCAACUCUCAUUUAGGAAGUGAUCAACCCUCAUUCCAAGUCUCAUCUUCCAGACCGAGUCUCAGCCUUCCUGCUGAGUACGCUCUCCGGAAACUGGUUUCAUUAAGAACUUCCUUGGCGCUACUGUGUCCCCGGAGGCCGCAGCCAUGGCGCUCUUCAGGCAGCUGCUGGACGACUUCCACGACCUGAUGGACCGCAAUGGAGACCCACGUACCAAGGACUGGCCGCUGAUGAGCUCGCCCUUCCCCACGGCCGCCAUCUGCCUGAGCUACGUGUACCUCGUGAAGGUGUUGGGGCCGCGCAUCAUGGAGAACCGCAAGCCGCUGGAGCUGAAGAACGUGUUGGUCUUCUACAACCUCUUCCAGUCGAGACGCAGGGUGUUACGCUGGCCAACAGAAUUUCACUCCACAGGAGAUGUUACUGUCGCCAAAAGAACUCUUUCGCUGAAUUCAGCGUUCGCGCGCGGCUCUUCGGCCUUCGGGAUCAGUAUGUCAGGAUGGGUGACAGGACAUUAUAACUUUCGGUGUCAGCCUGUGGAUUACUCGAACCAUCCCAAAACAUUAAGGUUCUUUUUUAUUUUGAGAAAGAAGAAUAGUCAUGUCUCCACCUUACAUGUGAUUCACCAUGGCAUUAUGCCUAUGAGUGUGUGGUUUGGAGUCAAAUUUACUCCAGGUGGUCACAGCACUUUCUUUGGUUUGGUAAAUACAUUUGUUCAUAUUGUUAUGUAUACAUAUUAUUUAUUAUCGGCUAUGGGACCUCAAUAUCAGAAGUAUUUGUGGUGGAAAAAGUACUUAACUACAUUCCAGAUGGUGCAAUUUGUUGCUAUUAUGGUGCAUGCAUUCCAACUACUGUUCAUUGAUUGCAAUUAUCCUCGAGCAUUCGUUUGGUGGAUUGGUCUCCAUGCCGUCAUGUUCUACUUCCUCUUCUCAGACUUUUACAAGCAAGCCUACACAAAGUCAGUCAGCAAACAGAAAGGAGUCAAGGGAACAAAUGAAAAAUUGAUUGAUGCUACCCAGAGAAAAAUUGAGAGCCAGUCGCAGACCAAAGAAUACUCAAAACCACAAGCUGCUGAUUAUUAUAUUAAUGCUGUUACAGGACUUCACCUACGACAAGUUACGAGAGAAAUGAAUGAGAAUGGUUUACAGUAGCAUUAGUUAUUAAUAAAUGUAGUUUAAAUUCCAUGUUGUGUACAAAUUAGUAUCAAUGAUCUUCCAAAGUUAGUUCAAGGUUCAUGCAGAUAAGGUUAAUUGUCUCAUUGUAUUGUAAUUGGGAGUGCCUUACUGUAGUCAUAAGUCACUGGAGUAUCACAUACUGAACAAUUUUACUUUUGUGAAAGAUUUUUUUAAAGGUAGAAUCACUAAAUAAGUAAUGAAAAAGUGGGUAAAUGGUUCUGUGGUAAUUAUUAAUAAUAUCAUUUGUGAGCUAAAUGGUACCCAGUGUUAGAAGCCUUUUAUACCACAAGGAGAAAGAAAGACUUUGAUAAAAGCCACAUUGGUGAAAUAUCUCUAUAAUAUGUACAUCAGAUACAUUAAUCACACUUUAUUUAUGUAUUACGGCAGUUUAGUACAUAAUGAAAAUAGUUUUUCAUUGGUGUUUUGAAUAUAGAACACACCACUUUCAGAAAUUUAAUUUUGAAAGGGAUGAAAUUCUAUGAAUCUGAUGGCAAAUAAUUUGAUCAAUGUGUAAAUGGAGUGUGAAUUAUUUCCACACAUUAAAUUACUGAUUUGCAUUAAGAAAACAUUUUAUAUAUAGCUAUAUAUUUUAUGGAAAAUAAAAGCAUUGUGUGACUAGUUGUUGUUAAUACUUGUUUGACAAAGUUGAACUCCGUACUUUUUUUUGGUAUUUAUAUACGAAUAAUUCUGUUGUUAACAUUGAAAAUUAUAUAUUUUAAACGUUAUAUUAUGUAUAUUAUGUUGAACAACAUUGAUAUAAUUGUUAUGUAUACAUGGUGGAGUAAUAUUGAAUUUUGUUUCAUAUAAUAAUCAGAUAUUACAGUGGUAAAACUAGUCCAGUUGUAUUGGAUCUGUUGCCUUCCUAUAUAAUUUGUUCUUAUAUGAAAUGGUUUUUAAUAUAUAGAAAAUGUUAUUACUUAAUACUAUCUCUACAUGGUGCAAUAAUUUUAAAGUUUUAAAUUGCUUUAUUGGUUUCCACUUACAUGUUACACUGCCACAUGUAUAUAGAGACCAGCAUUAUUAGAAAUAAUAAUUAUAUCCAAAUAGAUUUCCUCUUUUUAUUAACUUAUUUCUAAAAAUAUUUUGUAAACUGAAAUAUUAAAGAACAAAUUACAUGUUUCUUCUAUAAUUUUAGUGAAGAAAAAAUUAAUUUCUUAAUCCCUGAGGUAAAAGAUAAUUUCUCACUUUGCAAGAAACCUGAAGCAAAUGUAAUUAAGAACACAUCAUCUGGAAUAAUAUGUAAUAUGGAUAUGUAGUUUCUGCUGUAUGUUUUCAUGAACUGGUUUCCAGAUUGCUACAAUGAUGUGGUACAAAAUACCCUCAAUGUUGUACAAUUUUGUGCAUUUGUCCUUUAUUAACUUAUUUCUCAAAUAUCAAAUCAUUUUCAUAACUUUUAUUAACAAAUGCGUUACAUUCUAUUGAUGCCUGUUUCAAUUAAUUGAAUCCUACCCUUUUCAAACAUUGAUUGAAAUAUUUCUCAAAAAUUUAAUUAUUUGAAGCAUAACUAGGUUCGUAUUACUGAAAUGUUUUCACUUAUAGAAGAUUUGCAGACAUUGUUGUGAACUUCGAGAAAUAAGCUGGCAAAUCUUUUUCUUAGGCUUUAACAAAUACUGUGAUUUAUUCUAAAAGAAAAAAAAUGUUAUUUUUAACUUGAUGAUUUGGCAAUACCAUUGUUUUUCUAUUGCUUUGUAUAAAUUACAGAAUCAACUCAAUUCUCUGCCAGUGGUGGCUUUAAUUUGAGGGGGGGGGGAGGCAUUUACUAAAUCUUAACUUUUAUGAAGAUAAAUUGAUAUGGUUUGUAAUUGCACUGUCAGAAUGAAUUGCAGGCUCAAAGUUGUUAGCUGUGGCUAUUAUUUGAAAUGCAGGUUUUAAUUAAUACAGAAUAUUCCAUAUGUAUAUAGU